AUGUCUGGCGACUCACAAAUGCUUUCCGACGACGAGCGGCCAUUGGCUCCCAACACCGACGCUAACGGUCAACCGCCUGCGAAUGGCAAUGGUGGUUUAAACGGCCACCUCAGUGAUGUGUCCAUGAGCGACGACGACGAUGUCCCUCUGUCACAGACGACUGCUACGCGUAAAUCCGAGCCUGAGGGUCGUCCCUCACGCAGUCUCAAGCGCAAGAAGCCUGUUUACGCAGAUUCGUCAUCCAGCGACGACGACGUUCCACUAGCCUCGUCCCCCGUGAAAGCAGCUCGGGCCAAUGGGAGAGCCAAGGCAGUUAAGAAGGAGGAGGACAGUGAUGACGCCAGCGCAGUGGCUACCAGCACCAGCAGCAGGAAGCGGGGGAAGGGUACUAACGGGAAGCAGCCGCCAAAGAAGAGGGCUGUUGCUCAGUCCCCUCCUGAAUCCCAGUCCUCGGAGGAGGAGGAUGCGCCACCUGCUAAACCAACCCGUAAGCGGAAGGUCAAGGCCGAGUCAGACUCGGACGAUGCACCACCUGCGAAGAAACCAGCCACCAAGUCUCGGAAGAGGGUGAAGAAAGAGGAGGAAGACGAUGAACCUGAGGCCAAGCCUUCGGCAUCGAAAGCCAAUGGGAAAGUCAAGAAGGAGGAGCCUGCUUCGCCUGUAAAGGGUAAGGGCAAGAAAGGCAAACAGAAGGAAGAGGAGGAGGAAGAGGAAGAAGAGGUCUUCAAGUGGUGGGAAGCUGGGGAUGUCAACGGCGAUGGCACUCAGAAAUGGGAGACUUUGGAGCAUAACGGUGUCUACUUCCCUCCACCGUACGAGGCGCUCCCGAAGCACGUUAAGAUGAAGUAUAAUGGCAAAGACGUGGACCUCUCUAUCGAGGCCGAGGAAGUGGCAGGUUUCUACGGCGCACUGCUAGAAACAGAUCAUGCAAAGGACGCCACCUUCAACAAGAACUUCUUCACGGACUUCAAGAAGGUGCUCGAGAAGUACCCUCCACGUUGCGGAACCAAGAUUACCACCUUCGAAUUAUGUGACUUCCGGCCUAUGUUUGAGUAUUUCGAGGCUGAAAAGGCCAAGAGGAAGGCAAUGACGAACGAGGAGAAGAAGGCUGCGAAGAAGAAGAAAGACGAGCUGGAAGAGAAGUACAAGACCUGUGUCAUGGACGGACGGAAGGAGAAGGUUGGCAACUUCAGGAUUGAACCUCCUGGCCUAUUCCGUGGUCGUGGUGAACAUCCAAAGAAGGGCUCGCUCAAGAAACGCGUUUACCCUGAGGAUAUCACUAUCAACAUCGGGAAAGAGGCAAAGAUUCCUGUUCCCAACAUUCCUGGCAAAUGGAAGAAGGUUAUUCACGACAACACGGUCACUUGGUUAGCGACUUGGACCGAGAACAUCAAUAACAGUCACAAAUACGUCUUCCUCGCUGCGGGAAGUCGUUUGAAGGGUCAAAGUGAUAUGCAGAAGUUCGAGAAGGCCCGUGAACUCAAGGACCACAUUGAGAAGAUCCGAGCGGAUUACACCGAAGACCUUAGAAAUAAGGUCAUGGCUCACCGUCAACGAGCGACUGCGAUGUAUUUCAUCGAUAAGCUUGCCCUUCGAGCGGGUAACGAGAAGGGCGAGGACGAGGCGGACACAGUUGGCUGCUGUUCCCUUCGUUGUGAACACGUCACCCUCCGGCCACCUAACGAGAUCGUGUUCGACUUCUUGGGUAAAGACUCUAUCCGUUACUUCAAGGAAGUCCCUGUCGAUGCGCAAGUUUUCAAGAAUAUCCGUAUCUUCAAAGAAGGGAAGGAACUGGAAGACAACCUUUUCGAUCGAGUUACUACCGCAGGCUUGAAUAAGCACCUGACCUCCUACAUGAAGGGACUUACUGCGAAAGUCUUCCGUACUUACAAUGCGUCGUCGACCUUCCAGCGUCUUCUGGACGAGGAGGACCUGACGAAUGCAACCAUACAGGAGAAGAUCAAUGCGUACAAUAAGGCCAAUCGCAUGCUCCGGUCGUUGAAGUACGACCGCAUGAAGCUGCGGCAUGUCUUGGUUACGCAAGAGCCCAAGAUGAAAAAGAACAAGAAGUACACUCAGGAGGAGUCCGACAUAGAUGACGAUUGGAUAGAGAAGCACGAGGAAUCGCUCAAGGAGAAAGAAAUAGAGAAGGCGGAGAAGAAGUUCGAGAAAGAGAAUGAGAAGUUGGAGGCCGAAGGCAAAGACAAGCAGAAGAAGUCGGUCUUGAAGGAGCGCAUUGAGGCUAUCGAAGAGGAGUUUGAGAGACUGGCUCAGGAAAGAGGCACAGGCAAGGCGACCUUGAAGCGGGAGCGCCCCACCGAGAAACUGGAGGAAAUGAUCGAGAAGUUGGAUGAUAGGAUCAAGACCUUCAAACUCCAGAUGAUCGACCGUGACGAGGGCAAGGAGGUCGCUUUGGGCACGAGUAAAAUUAACUACCUAGAUCCUAGAAUUACCGUGGCAUGGGCUAGCGCCAACAAAGUUCCCAUCGAGAAGAUGUUCUCGAAGACUUUGCUUGAGAAAUUCCCUUGGGCUAUGGGCGUCGACGAUGACUGGAAGUUCUGAGCUCGUAUCGAAACUGACUUUGCUCUGUCUGCUCUUCGCUGUUGUCCGAGCUGGUUUAAGCCGGACUGAACUGUAUUUAUGCCUAUUUCGCUAGCACGCCUUGUGUUGUUGUUUUAAUAUUUAGCUUAGAAUUGAUUUUCAACGUGGACUUGAA